UCUCUCUCUCUCUCUCUCUCUCUCUCUCUCUCUGCUUUACUCACCUCAUUCACAGUCCUGUCAUUGGGUUUCUGGUGUUACUUCCACUCACCUUUCAGUGGCGGUUCACAGAGAGGAGACACUGUUACCUUAGUGAUAUCACAGUUAGCUUGAAAGCUAAAGCUAACGGUAAGGCUGUGCUGAAGCCAUGUCCGCCUCGGCUGGAUGCUCCCCGGCGGGCCACAGCUCGGGCCUGGGCCCCGGUAUGUCCAUGUUCCGAUGGUUAGAAGUGCUGGAAAAAGAGUUUGACAAGGCCUUCGUAGACGUGGAUCUGCUGCUCGGAGAAAUAGACCCGGAUCAAGUCGACAUCACGUACGAGGGUCGGCAGAAGAUGACCACCCUCAGCUCCUGUUUUGCUCAGCUGUGUCACAAAAGCCAGACGGUUUUCCAACUCAACCACAAACUGGAGGCUCAGCUGGUGGAUCUGCGUUCUGAGCUCACUGAGGCUAAAGCAGAGCGGGCAGUGGUAGACAGGGAGGUCCACGACCAGCUCCUGCAGCUUCAUGCUCUCCAGCUGCAGCUUCAUGCUAAACAAGGUCAAGCAGAGGACUCUGACACCAUCAAAGACAGACUGCCUACGCCAACACUGGACGAGAUGGAGCAGGAGCUGGAAGCCAGUAAGAAGGAGAAGGUAACGGAGGCAAAGCUGGAAGCAGAGGUCAAACUAUUUAGGAAAGAAAAUGAGGCCCUCCGCAGGCACAUGGCAGUACUGCAGGCUGAAGUGUAUGGCGCCCGACUGGCUGCUAAGUACCUUGACAAAGAACUGGCUGGCAGGGUGCAGCAAAUCCAGUUACUCGGCCGUGACAUGAAAGGACCAGCACAUGACAAGCUGUGGAACCAGCUGGAGGCAGAGAUUCACCUUCACCGCCACAAGACUGUCAUCCGAGCAUGUCGAGGUCGCAAUGAUCCCAAGAAACCUCUCCCCUCUCCUGUGGGACAUGACCCAGACACGCUGAAGAAAACCCAGGGAGUCGGCCCAAUCCGAAAGGUGGCGCUGGUCAAAGAUGAUCAUGAGGGACUGGGAAUCUCCAUCACAGGAGGGAAGGAGCACGGUGUUCCCAUUCUUAUAUCAGAAAUCCAUCCAACUCAGCCUGCAGACAGAUGUGGAGGGCUGCAUGUCGGAGAUGCCAUCCUCGCCGUAAACAGCAUCAAUCUGCGAGAUGCCAAACAUAAGGAGGCUGUAACCAUUUUGUCUCAGCAGCGAGGACAGAUUGAGUUUGAGGUGGUUUAUGUGGCUCCAGAGGUGGACAGCGAUGAUGAGAAUGUGGAGUAUGAAGAUGACAAUGGCCAUCGCUACCGACUCUACCUGGAUGAAGUGGAGGAUGGCAGCACAGCGCCAACUAGCAACAGCUCAGCAUCACUGCAGGGUCAGAGUGCUUCAUUUGUAAAAUACAAAAUAAUUAGUUUUUCUUUAACAAGAUAAAGAAGGCGCAUACAG